AUGGCGGCUCUCCGGCUGCUGCCACGUCGCGUUCUGAGCUCUCCUGCGGCGAACCCUGGAUUUCUCUCUCUGCGCUCUGGCAUCUAUGCUUCCGUGUUCGUCGUGUCUGCAGGGCUGUUCGUCGCCUACUACGUCGACUCCCGGGCAGCAAUGCACCGCUAUGUGAUAAUGCCCGUGCUGAGGACUCUGCUAGAUGCCGAGACGAGCCACAAGCUCGCGCUCAGAGUCCUUGGAAGUGGCCUGGCUCCUCGAGAUACACAGACGGAUGAUGAGCGGCUGCGAACGAGUCUCUGGGGCGAGGAAUACAGUAGUUUCGAUAAGGAUGGAGAGGCUACAGAUGGCCUGUUCAACCUUGGGUUCAGUUGGGUAGAAAUCGGUAGUGUAACCCCUAGACCACAGCCAGGCAACCCCAAACCACGGGUUUUCCGGCUUCCAUCAGAUGAGGCCAUAAUCAACCGCUAUGGCUUCCCUUCGGACGGACACACGGCGGUCUUGGCACGUCUACGAGCCCGUCUACCGUUAUUCCAUGAACAAGAGACGACGACAGCACGACAUGCGUCUCUUCGGCCGCAUGCGCUGCUCGCCGUCAACCUUGGAAAAAACAAAGCAUCUCCGGCCGACUCUAUCGACGACUUCGUGCAAGGGGUGCAGACGUUCGGGCCGUAUGCGGAUGUGCUGGUCAUUAAUGUGUCAAGUCCUAACACCCCCGGCCUCCGAUCUCUACAGACGCGAGCGCUUCUCGAACGUCUGCUCGAUGGUGUGAGCCGCGCGCGGGACGAACUCCUGGUGCCUUCCGAUGCCAACGGAACAGCGACUUCCACACGAUCGACGAAGCCAAAAUUGGUCCUGAAGAUUGCCCCUGACUUGGAGGAAUCUGAACUGGGGGCCAUUGCAGCAGUCGUGCGUUCCAGCGGCGUGGAUGGAGUUAUCGUGAGCAACACCACCAUCCGUCGUCCGAAGGAUUUGAGUGAUCCGAACAGAGGCGAGGUCGGCGGUCUCUCCGGGCCGCCACUGAAAGCGUACACACUCGCGACGCUCCGGACGCUGCGCGCGCUCCUGCCUGAGUCCGUCCCGCUGAUCGGAUGCGGUGGUAUCACUUCCGGCUCGGACGCUCUGGACUACGCGAGGGCGGGUGCAGCAGCCGUGCAGGUGUACACACGGUUUGCGUACGAGGGCGUUGGCACAUGCCGGCGCAUCAAGGACGAGAUCACGGAGGCCUUGGCGCGGGAGGGCACGACGUGGGCGGCGGUCGUGCAACGCGCCGGGGGCGAGCUCAGUCUGCGCGGGAGCGCGCCGGGUGGCGUGCGGAGCCCGGGGUGGCGGACGAGGGCGUGGAGCAGCUGA